GACGUACUGAGAAAACGGGCGCAGGUUCUGAGGUAAAGCCGCGAGUGGUUGAAAAAGAGAAAACAGUGAGAAAGUGGAGAGCGACCGUUUCCUGACAGGAGGACGGUUGGUUUUAAUUUACAAGGUCAACCGUUCAGAGCGCGACCGUUAAACCGCACCGAAUUAACGGGAAAACAAACGCUCAGAAACGGAGAGGUGAUGGACCAGGCGUACGGGGCGGGCAAGGCUGGGGGUGCCUUCGACCCACUGGCCUUCUUUCAACAACCACAAACGAUUCUUCGCCUCGUAUCGUGGAUAUUUUCCAUUGUCAUCUUCGGCUGUAUUGCUAAUGAAGGCUAUGUGAACCGGCCAAAUGAGGUGGAGGAGUUCUGCAUCUUUAACCGCAACCAAAAUGCCUGUAACUAUGGUGUCGCUAUGGGCUCACUGGCUUUCCUCAGCUGUGCUGCAUUCCUGGCUUUGGAUAUCUACUUCCCACAGAUCAGUGGAGUCAAAGACCGCAAGAAGGUUGUGCUCGCAGACAUAGGCAUCUCGGCAUUUUGGUCCUUCAUGUGGUUUGUGGGAUUCUGUUUCCUGACUAACCAGUGGCAAGUAGCCAAGCCUGAAGACAAUCCUUUAAAUGAGGGUGGAGAUGCAGCAAGAGCAGCCAUCACCUUCUCCUUCUUCUCAAUCUUUACCUGGGCUGGUCAAGCAUUCUUGGCCUUUCAGAGGUACAAGCUUGGAGCAAGCUCCAGUCUCUUCUCCCAGGACUACGCUGACCCCAGCCAGGACCCGACAGCUGCACCCCCUGCAGGCUCGGAAUACACAGGCUAUACGGGCGACACGGAGGCUCCAGCCAAUGUGGAUUCCUCCUAUUAUGGCUCUGCAGGCUACCAGAACCAAGACUACUAAGGUGGGUUGGAGAGGUUGGAGGAGCCUGGGGCUCAGCCAUUGUGGGCUGGGCUUGUUGAGCUGUGAUGAGGACUUACAGGUUAAAGAAUGCUGAACAGAGAAGGACAUUGGGCAGCAUUUUUUAACCAAAGAUGGUUAAUCAAAGACCUAUGUUGAUUGUGGGGCUAAAAUUGGGUAUUUAUGGGUUAUUCUAUUAAUAGUUUAUAUAGGGGUCCUUUGGUGAAAGGACAUUAAAGGGGUUGAAUUGGGUUGAGGGGCCUCUGCUGGUUGUCUGUGCAUGACUGUUGGUUCAGUCUUUGCAAAGCAACUAUGUAAAAUAAAAAAUAUUUUUUAAAAAUGGGAAGAAUAUGAAUUCUAACAGGUGUUUUAAUUUUUCUGUGUAUUCCAACCAUUUUGCCUUUGACUAAGGAGCAUGGGUGGUGAGAUGGCAUCAUUGUUGGUUGGUCACUUGUAGUUUACUGUUAACCUUCACAUUAAUAAAGCUUACAAUUACAGGAAUUACAGAAACAGCAUAAUUAUUGCACACAAAUAUAAACUAGUGUUUACAAAGAUAAAGACCCAAAUGUAGGUAAUUGGAAAGAUCAAACUGUAAGUGUGUAAAGUGACACAAAGGGAAUUAAUGCUUGAUGUAAUGUAAGCAAAGAGUGCACCAGUCCAAGUGGUGAAGUGGUGCUGAAGACCACAGUGUCUUGAGCUUUACUGUUAAAGCAUUAUUUACGGUCUACUACUAAUUACUGUUAAGACUGUCCUAAUAUAAUUGACAGCUGGUGUUCUGAAAACCACACUUCAUCAUUUGUUGCCAUCAUGUUUUUUGUGUUCAGCAUAACAUCCAAUAAUCCAGUUAUAUGUAUUUAGCUCAUAUCCAGUGAUAUCACCACCAAAUAAAACAUAAUUGAAGAAAAGAUCUUCAAAGAAUUAUGAAAAUGAGAUUGUUAUGUGUUUUUUAUGUAUUAUAUCCCAUUUUAUAUCAGCAAGGUAAGUAUUUCCACACCUUAAAAUUCUCAUAAUUUAGAAUCUCUGUUGUCAGGAGUUAAGCUGAUUAUGUAAUAGUUGCUUUCAGAUAGUAAAAAAGUAUAAUAUAGUAUCUCAUACUAUAUCAAAAUGUAUGAGUUGUUAGGAGUUGUAUCUUAUAAUUAUGAGAAAUUCUGAAAUAUUAAGGGUUCUCAUUGUUAUGACAUACUAUGUAUCUUUUUUUCAUCUGGCAGAAACAUACUUUCUGCAUGAGAAAGAACAGAAAGAAAUAUCAGCUGACCUUUCUUUAAAGACAAGUAUAGGCAGGAAAUGAUGCAUAGUCCCAGAACUCAUCUAUUGAGAGGAAUAAAAGAAAGAAAAGGCUUUAUAACACUAAAAUCUUCGAUGCUCAACCCUAGCCUUACUGCAGCCACAAGUUCCAUGUUGAUAAAAUAAUAGAAAACUGUAAUGAUGAACAACAAGUCUUACCUCUUUGAACACUGAACGUGCUGCCUAAAGCCUCUAAUUAGCACUCAUAAACCAGCAGGUACAUCUGGCUAGAACACUGGUCAUGUGUGCAAUGGCGACAUUAAUUUCAUGGGCACUAGACAACCUUACAUACGACAGCACUUUCACAAGUCUUACAGCUGUACACCGUAGACCUUACUGGCCCAUACCAAUGCUUUAAGAUGCUGUAGCGUGGCACAUGUCAACUUCUGAACUCGUUUACUUUUAGAAUGUGUUUGGUUUCUCUUUAGUGCCCUUGAAGUAGUGUCAUCUGUCACUUUUUAUCAUCCAUUGUUCCAGGGGAAUACUUUGACUUUCAUAUGCAGAUGCUGUUAUUACCAUAGAUUCUAUGUGCUAGUAGAACCAAGAUACAAAGGUAUGUACAGUUAGUCAACAAAGUUAUUUUAGCUGUCUAUCACAGCAUAUUGGAGUUGAAAUUAAAUAAAUAAUAUGAGCUUUAAGUACACCAAGAACAAACAGGAGUUGAACACAAGACCUGUUAGAGCAUUACUAGAGAAGAAAUUCAACAUCUGCUGGUGUUUUUCGGGUUUCAUUGUUUGCAUACUUUUGAGCUUCUAAAAAUGGGGGCUAUGUAUAAAAAUGGCUGUGAUUUCUACACAUUUUAUGGUUUAAAUUAAAGCUGAAUAUCUACAGUUUGAGCUCAACAGCAAAAAUAACUUUGGUGACAUGCAAAUAUAUGUAUUGACCUCACUGAAAAUAAAAACAUUUUAAUAUUUUUGUUAAAUUGUUGCUAUGUGUGAUGUGUAUAUGGACAUUAUGAAACCAGCAUAUUUUUAUUUCAUGACAGAAGAAAAUGUAUAAUACCAUCAAAUAUUGAAAUAAUUAUAAACUAUUAACAUCAACUUGAAACAGUUUACAUAAAAAGAAUAGUAUAAUUUUGAAUAAAAUAUAUUAUAUUGAUAUAAAUAUUACAAGUAAACUACAGUAUGUCUCUAUGUAUUCAUGUAUUUUGGGUUUGAAAGUGCUGUAGAAUAAAUCUGUGUGAUGUUUUCUGAAUAAUAACACAUUUUUUCUCUCUUUCUAUAUUGUUUUCAUGUUGAAAAGCCUGUUUUGGGGCAAUUAAAAAAGGGGGGAAAACAAGCUACUCUGUGUACACAAUGUAAAAGGUGUGUGCAAUCUGUGUUUUCAAUUGUGGAGUUUAGAUACAUGUAGUGUUAAUGCUUCUCAUGUGAUCAUUGAUUAAAUCAAUCAGCCAGUACACUAAUCAAAGGGUAAAUGUAUUUAAUCGUGUCUUGUAUGUUGCUUGUUUGAAAGCCUUCUGAUGUUCAGUAGAUACAAUAAAGAAACUGAAUGAAA